UGCAAAGAAAAAGUUUAAAGGAGGAAAUAGGAAGUAGUCUCGACCGUCGACACAACAAACAAAGCUCAAAGAAGAGAAACUGAAAUAAAUGUUAAGACUAUGGCGGGUAUUAAAGCGCUGGUUGGGUUGUCCUUCUUUGGAGCCAUUGGCUUGACAUUCCUCCUGUUGAGCUGUGCACUGGAUCAAUAUGGGGUGUACUGGCCUCUCUUCGUCCUUUUCUUCUACGUACUCUCUCCUAUCCCCACCUUCAUAUCCAGAAGGCUCAGUGAUGACAGUGAUGUGGCCAGCAACGCAUGCAGAGAGCUGGCAUACUUCUUCACUACGGGAAUUGUGGUAUCUGCGUUUGGGCUUCCUAUCAUACUGGCCCGGGUUGCAUUAAUCCAGUGGGGGGCCUGUGGCCUGGUGAUGGCCAGCAACGCUGUCAUCUUCUUCACCAUCCUGGGCUUCUUCCUGGUGUUUGGAGGGGGAGACGACUUCAGCUGGGAGCAGUGGUAGACCGUCUGUGGAUCUCUGGCCAAACAGAGCCACAAUCCCAAAUGGACCCCUAGACCCUAUGCACUUGUGGAGAUCUGAGAGGAUUUGACAGGUGUAAGUAAUAUGGUAAUAGCUCCAUCUUGCCCUCUGAUAGGCUAGCUAGGUGGAAGUUUCACCAUAUUGCUUAUACCAGUCAAAUCUUCUCUGAUCUCUACAAGUGCAUAGGCUGUAGGAUCUAGGGGUCAUUUUGAGAUCGGGACAUAGAGAGGACAGAGUGAGCCAGUCAUUCCUGUUAACAAGGUUACACAGUGGACGGAUAAGAUAAACAAAGGACUGCUACUAUGGCCUAACGUUGCUACUAAUGGACGUUUUACCAAGUUGAUGUUUACUGUAUUUAAUAUCCUAUUAGAAAGGGGUUGAUUGGUGAAAGAGGAUGGCACUGAAUAGUGUGUCUGGGAUGUUAAUGGACAAUGACACUGCGAUGUCUGUCCUUUUUCGCUGACCCAUGAUCAGUUUUUAUUGUAAUCUCUCUUUUAGUCUGUUUUCACUUCAACCCCUUUGCCUUUUCUCUCCCGAAUGCUGAGGGAAAUUCAUUGAAAAGCAGGGUCCCGUCCAGAAACGUCAUGCUUCAAUGAACUUAUCAUAUAAGGGAUACUGUUGAAUGAGUUUUGUUGUAAUCACCAACUUCUGUUUCUAUUCUUUUCAGGGAGUAUUCUGUUAGAAAAUAUAUCUGGCUUAUUUUAAACAUUAGCAUUUCAAAUGAUCUACCCUUACUCAUUCUUGCAGUUGAUUACAUGUGUUCCUUUGUUUAUGGUUGUAUGUGUUAUUCCAUAUCUUUUGUAUAUGAUCUUUGGGUAUGACUACAUAAUCGGGUCAAGGUGUAGUCAACGUUUCUGUAGUUUGUAAUUGUAAACAUUUUGCUCCAAGACAAAUAAAAGCCUUAUUCUAGGCCUUGCUGAAAAUGUUUACAGCAAUACCAAAGGACAGUUAAGAAAAUAAGUUAGAAACGAUUCACUCCCCCACCAUGGUUUCUGACGAGUGUCUAUGAUUAUUAAACACAUUAUUAAUUCUAAUUGAGUAAUUGUGAUACACCAUUAUUAUGUUAACGAAUGUAUUUUUGAAAUGCAUGUGUUUUAAUAUGUUUGUCUUCACAGACGACAGAAGCCAAAAUGGGGUUUUGUGAAUCAUGGGCUACAUUGGUAGAUGAAUGGUGAUUUUUCACAUGGAAUGUUUAUACUAUUAUGUUUAGCAGUUUUGUGUUCUAAUGAAGUUUGUUCUAAUGAAGUGCCCACUUUUCUGUUUACCCACAGGUGCCUAGUAUAAUGUACUAUUUUUACUGAUUCAAAAAGUUCUUAUAGAAAGUUUGAGUCACUUUUUACAUUCUAUAUUGGUAUAGCCUUCUGAGAACCCAUAGGUCAUUAUAGAAUUAUGUUUUGCGAUAUUCCAAUUAAUAACCGACUGUAACAAUACCACUUCAUACUGAUUUAAUGUUGCUGUAAGUAUGCUGUACUUACAAACAAUGUCUUGUUUUCAGCAAAGGGUCAAUUUAAUUAACAAAAUUGCAGCAUGAUCUCAUAUCAUGAAAAAAACUACUUUGUAUUGUGCUGUGUGUCUCAUUAGCUAUCGUUCAUUAUUAAGUAUUUGUGUUGCACAGACAGUAUGUACUGUAUGCGUGAACCCAAAACCCAACAGCACUUUCAAAACACUAGAGAGACCUGUAUUGAAACUCCUGACAAAAACCUAUACAUUGUCUGUUUUCUAACAUUAAUUAAAGCACUAUUGAAAUAUAA